AAUAAAUUCGUGAACUCCGAACAUGAAGAGCUUCAAUCCUGGAUUCCUGUUUGUGCUUCUCCUGGUGUUCCUGGUGGCCCAUGAAGCAGAAGGCGAUUGCCUUUCUGGGAGAUAUAAGGGUCCCUGCGCUGUCUGGGACAAUGACACCUGCCGCCGGGUGUGCCAGGAGGAAGGACGCACCAGUGGACACUGCAGUCCAAGCCUUAAAUGCUGGUGUGAAGGAUGUUGAUACAGAAAUUCUUUAAAAAUGUAAUUCAAUGUAUAUUCUGAUGAUGCAUAACUAC